AUGGCAGCCUCCGUAAAACAACAACUUGUGCAACUGGCAAAUUUAUCGCAUUCUGGAGGGUCUCACAAGGAUGUUACGGAAAAAUACAAGAACAUAUUGGAAGGAAUCUUGACAACGGGUGGGGCUGAACUCAUUCCAUCACUUCAGACAUUUGUUGAAGCUUUGGUGAAUGAAAAUGUUAGCUUGGUUAUCUCGCGUCAGAUUCUGACGGAUUUUACUACACGGCUCACCAAGUUAAAUGAUGUGGUGGCAAAACAAAUAGCACAUUUCUGUCUGGAAAAGAUUCAUACACGAGUCAUCUCUUUUGAAGAACAGGUAGCAGCAAUUCGACAACACCUUGCAACCAUUUAUGAACGAGAGUCGAGUUGGCGAGAGGCAGCCAAUGUGUUGGUCGGUAUCCCACUGGAAACGGGUCAGAAGCAGUAUUCCACAGACUAUAAGCUAGACACGUAUCUGAAGAUAGCGCGGCUGUAUCUGGAGGAUGACGACCCAGUGCAAGCCGAGGCUUUCAUCAACCGAGCGUCUCUUCUACAGGCCGACUCGCAGAAUGAAAAACUUCAAAUACACUAUAAGGCUUGCUAUGCAAGGGUGCUAGAUUUCCGCUGGAAGUUUAUCGAAGCGGCCCAGCGGUACAAUGAGUUAUCGUACAAGACGAUUGUGGCCGAAGAUGAACGUCUCACGGCUCUGAAGAACGCUCUCAUCUGCACCAUCCUCGCCUCGGCAGGUCAGCAGAGGUCACGGAUGCUUGCCACUUUGUUCAAAGACGAGCGGUGCCAACAGUUACCUGCCUUUAACAUUCUUGAGAAGAUGUACCUGGAUAGAAUUAUACGAAGCAGUGAUCUACAAGAUUUCCAGGCAUUACUACAACCCCAUCAGAAGGCGAUGACGGCGGACGGAUCGACCAUCCUUGAUCGGGCGGUAAUUGAACACAACCUGCUGUCAGCCAGUAAACUGUACAAUAACAUUUCCUUUGGUGAACUUGGCUCACUGUUAGAAAUCCCUCCCACAAAGGCUGAAAAGAUAGCAUCUCAGAUGAUUACAGAAGAACGGAUGAAUGGAUGUGUGGACCAGAUUGCAUCGAUUGUACACUUUGAAGCCCGAGAAACCCUUCCGACGUGGGACAAACAGAUCCAAAGUUUGUGUUUCCAGGUGAAUAACAUCAUUGAGAAAAUCUCUCAGACCGAACCCGACUGGAUGACAAAAGCAAUGGAGGCCCAGCUUCAGCAGCAGUGAAUUGAAAUUCAAAUACAUACAGUCAGGCCUGGAUAAACAGCCACCUGGGAGGGAGGGAGAGAGGGAGAGAGAGAGAGAGAGAGAGAGAGAGAGAGAGAGAGAGAGAGAGAGAGAGUGAGAGAGAGAGAGAGAGAGAGAGAGAGAGAGAGA